AACCCUGGCUUGGGUGUGGCUCUCAGGGAACUGAAAGUCUUCAAUAAGCCUCCCCACCUGUGUGCGGGUGAGCUCUGUAGAACAGUCUCGCCCUUUCUGAGCAGCUGCUUUGAAGACAGGUGGAAGGAAAGACUCCAGGACCCCACGUCCCAUUAAGUAACUUUACAUGAGGACACAUCUGGUUUACCAGGGUUUCUGACUUCCUGCUGAACUGAAUUGCUUGUUCUGUAGGAAAGCAAAACUUGACUGCAAACAUACAUCUAAAAUGAAGAGCCCCCGAACUUUUGAGGAACAAACAGCAUGCAUAGUGGACGCUCUCCUCGCCGACUUCUUAGGCCCCGCUUGGCCGGUUGGUAACCGGACCCUACAAUGUGCAGAGGAACCAGAUGCAGGGGAGGUUUCCUCUUUUGAUGUGGCCAUCAUUGCGGGUCGCCUUCGGAUGCUGGGUGACAAAUUCAAUGGAGAAUUGGAAGCUUCUGCCAGAAAUGUCAUCGCAGAAACCAUUCGGGGACAGGCAGUUACUGUACUUCAGAACACAGUGAAAUCUCUCAGCAAUGCCUGGUGUACCCAAGAUUCCAGCUUGGCUUACGAGAGAGCCUUUCUGGCAGUGUCUGUGAAGCUUCUUGAACAUGUGGCCCACAUGGAUCCUAACGUGGCAGGACAGGUGGCGAGGCCCAUGACGAAUAUGAUCAAUGGCAACACUGCCAUCCGAGAGUACAUCCAGGGCCAGGGAGGAUGGGAAAAUCUGGAGGGCUGAAGAAGAGAUGGAGCUGUUUCCCAGCCUGAACAGGACUUCUUUGACUGAUCGGAUGAUUGAUCUUUGGUGAUUAAAAUCAAGAAACAAGCAAAUAAAAACCCUUUCUCUUGUACAGCACUUAAUUUAGCUGAAUAAUCUCUUUUCUACUGAUUGUUAAAGUUAGGAGCAUCACCCAGAGGUCUACAGAGAUUUUUAUACUUUCUGUUUUUACAUGAGGGGUCUUCCACAGUGACGCAGUAGUUUUAAUGAGAUUUUUAGUGCAACAAAGACCUCCAGAUGCAAAGUAAUGACUUUAGAAGUGGAGUUCCAGGCAACAGGGCAGGUUGCUGGAGACAAUGUAGGGAAAAGGGAGCCCACAGUGAACCAUUCCAUCAGAUUUAGCUCCAUCCUCUGAUAAGGCAUCUUGUCUACUAAUUUUGCAGUCUAAAGCAUUUCAGGGAGAUCUUUGGUUUAGAAAAUCUUGUUAUUUUAAGUUGAGGAUUUUCUUUUAAAUUCAUAACCUAAAUCUCAUGUUAAUUUCACUGGAGCCAAAUUAUAUUAUCUAUUGUCAAGGCUGGAAGCAAGAAAAUAGCAGUCUGUUCAUCUGCUUUUCUAUUAGAAAGGCCAAAAAGCAACAGACCAGUCACUGCCUUUCUAUCACUACAGAAUACAGGAAGUGCUGGCCCCCUUCUGGGACUGUAGGGCCAUCUUAUCUUAGAUGAAGCUAGCUGUGUACAUGCCGUAGUGUUUCUCGAAGUGCAGUUCACUUACCACUUGUGGACGUUAUACGUUGCUGAUUUCCAGGCUGUAUCCCUAGAGAUUCUGUUUUGGUAGGGGUAGGCUGGGCCUAGGAUCGUACCUUUUUAAUUGGUCCCACUGGUGUGCAUACAAAUUUUUAGAACCAUCACGUUCGAGCAAGGGUUGGGGAAUUACAACCCACAAACCAAAUCAGCCCACAGUUUUGUUUUUUUUUUUAAAGAAAGUUUUAUUGGAAUGCAACUACACUCACUUGUUUACAUAUUACCUGUGGCUGUUGUAGCAUUGUAACCACAGAGUUGAGUUAUGGCAGACACCAUAUAGCCUGUCCUGUAAAACCUAAAAUGUCUACUCCCUGGCCCUUUUCAGACCUCUGUUCUAGAGCUCCAUGACCAUUUCUCCUUGAGUAAUUUAAACUUUGUUGCAAUCCUGAUAAUUCUAAAAGAAACCGUAGGUAGGAUGACUCUUUUUAUCAGAAUUUAGUUUGAGUGUUUGUUAGUUCUUGCAUAAUCCACACUUUCUCUAAAACAAAUCAGUGAACUCCUGGACUCCUGAGUAUUCGACAGAGGUGUGUAUUUCCUUGGUCCUGCCACAAGUGAUUAGAACUUAUUGGAAGUAAAACAUAUGGUUUCUAUGAUCUGUGUAUCACAUAACAGUUCUUAAUAAUCUCAUGGAUUAAUAGACAGUCAUCAAGUAGAGACUUCUUCAUCUCUAAGCUCCAGAAACUAGAUGACUUACCUAAACAUCAAGAAGGAAAGCACUACUGUUUAAGUGAGGCGUUAAUGGCUUUGGCUUAAGUUUAACAAAGCUAACCACAUCCCCUCCCCUCAACCAGCCAGCUAUCUGGCUCCUCUAGAUGUACAGACAUAAAGAUAUAGUGCUGCUAAUAUAUUUUGACUUUUUCAAGUUAUGCUAUUUCCUCUAUUCUUCAAUAAAUUAAGUUGGUAAUCCAGAAAUGAGAUUUCAUGUUUCUCUUUAGUAGAAAUUAGCUUUUCUUGCUACCAACUUCAGACACUUGAUGUAUUCCUUUGUCCCUUACAUUACUGUAAACCCAACAUGGUGAGUUUUGUGGUAUUUGACCUCUUAGGUGAAAUCAUUAUUUUCACUUUGACUAACGCUGUUCUGUUCAUGAAAUAAAAUUCUCUCUGUGCGUUUGA